AUGACUGCUCGUGCUGAUGCUUCUGUCUUCUGGCCUGGCAUCACCCCCGCAGUCAGAGCCCUACGUGCAGGAUGCACUCAGUGUAACCGGAUAGCCCCAUCCAAUCCCAGUGCACCGCCGGCUCCCCUGAUCUCGCCGGCCUUCCCCUUUCAGUGUAUCUGUGCAGACUAUUUUCAUUACAAAGGAUGCAACUAUUUGGUCAUAGUGGACAGGUACUCGAACUGGCCAGUCGUCGAACGGUCUGUACAGGGGGCGAAUGGACUCAUCACAUGUCUCCGUCGUGUCUUCUCCACCUUAGGCAUUCCCGACGAGCUGGCUUCUGAUGGUGGCCCUGAGUUCACAGUGGUAACUUCACGUCGUUUCCUUUCGGAUUGGGGCAUCCAUCAUCUUGCCUCUGUUGCAUUUCCCCACAGCAACUGUCGAGCUGAGGUUGCUGUGAAGAGCAUCAAGCGCCUUAUCAUGAGCAACACGGGUACUACUGGUUCCCUUGAUACGGAUCACUUUCAACGGGCGAUACUUCAGUAUCGCAACACCCCAGACAGGGACACGAAGCUCUCCCCAGCCAUGUGUGUCUUUGGCCACCCGAUCCAGGACUUUAUUCCUAUUGCCCCUGGCAAAUACAAGCCACACAACACCUGGUGCGAGACCUUACAGGCAAGGGAGGAGACCCUUCGCAACCGUCACCUGAAGGGAGCAGAACGCUGGAAGGAACACACCAAACGGCUUCUUCCACUUGUUGACAAGACCGGCGUGGUGAUUGAAGUACGGCAGCAUGACCAAUACCUAGUCCAUGUUGAUGGAUCCGGCCGGAUCACACUAAGGAAUCGCAAGUUUCUGAGGCAUUACACUCCGGUCCAUCGGCCCUUGCCGCCGAGGACGGUGGACGAUGACCUUCGUGCCCGAAGUUACCCGAACACCCCAUCUGCCCCGUCGAUCUUGACACCUACUGAUGUGUCUGGCGGACUACCAUCACCAUCCCCGUGUCCGGUUGCGCCCACUCCGUCUCCUCGACAGCGACCUGGGCCCAUCACCGACGCCUGUCCAUCACCGGUGACGGAUCAACCUGAUGACUCCCGCCAACCAGACCCUGUUGAUGUCUUGUCAUCCCCGGCUGGCCGUGCUGCCCCAGCUGCAGUUCCUCGUGAAGCUUCCCCUUCGGUGGCUGCUCGACCGCCUCCUCCUACUUCAUCACCUGAGGAUGACGGCAUCGCUCCUGCUGCCACCCCAGCUCCUUCGCCCAGGCGAUCUCUCCAUCGGGCCGGUAGUCCUGCAUGGCACUCGAAUUACGAGAUGUCUCGCUAG